GCCAAGGUGGUGGGCUACAGAGACUAUUGUGCUUCAUCUACUCUUCUUAAAUGCAAAUUACAGCACUUUGUGCUUGCCUAAUGCAUAGUAAUUCUUAGGAGCACUUGGUGGUGCGUGAGUGCAUCUCUGUUCACAUUGGCCAAGCUGGAGUUCAAAUAGGCAGUGCGUGUUGGGAGCUCUUCUGCCUGGAGCACGGCAUUCAGCCAAAUGGCACCUCCACCGACCAACCCAGCAAUGAUGACUCUUUUGCCACAUUCUUUGGAGAGACAAGCUCUAGAAGAUACGUGCCCCGGGCUGUUAUGGUGGACUUGGAGCAAACAGUAAUAGAUGAAGUGCGGACUGGCACUUAUCAGCAGCUUUUCCAUCCAGAACAGCUGAUCACUGGAAAGGAAGAUGCAGCAAAUAAUUAUGCACGUGGCCACUACUCAGUUGGCAAAGACAAAACUGACAUUGUGUUAGACUGUAUCCGCAAGCUGGCUGAUGCCUGUUCUGGGCUGCAAGGAUUCCUGAUCUUCCACAGCUUUGGUGGCGGUACCGGCUCUGGCUUUACCUCCUUACUGAUGGAACGCCUCUCCAUGGAUUACGGAAAGAAGUCCAAACUGGAGUUUGCCGUCUACCCAGCCCCUCAGGUCUCCACAGCUGUGGUGGAGCCCUACAAUGCCAUCCUGACCACGCAUACCACCCUGGAGCACUCGGACUGUGCCUUCAUGGUGGAUAAUGAGGCCAUCUACGACAUCUGCCGCAGGAACCUGGACAUUGAGCGCCCCACUUACACUAACCUCAACCGCCUCAUCAGCCAGAUCGUCUCCUCCAUCACCGCCUCACUGCGCUUCGACGGAGCCCUCAACGUGGAUCUGACGGAGUUCCAGACAAACCUGGUGCCCUACCCACGCAUCCACUUCCCCUUAGUGACCUACGCCCCCAUCAUCUCCUCUGACAGAGCGUAUCACGAGCAGCUCUCGGUGGCUGAAAUCACCAACUCCUGCUUUGAGCCCAACAACCAGAUGGUGAAGUGUGACCCAAGACAUGGGAAGUACAUGGCCUGCUGCAUGCUCUACCGUGGUGACGUAGUCCCCAAAGAUGUCAACGUAGCGAUUGCUGCCAUCAAGACCAAGAGAACUAUCCAGUUUGUCGACUGGUGUCCAACAGGCUUCAAGGUUGGGAUCAACUAUCAACCUCCUACAGUUAUACCAGGAGGAGACCUGGCCCAGGUUCAGCGAGCAGUGUGCAUGCUGAGCAACACCACGGCCAUUGCAGAGGCUUGGGCAAGGCUCGACCACAAGUUUGAUCUGAUGUAUGCCAAGAGAGCUUUUGUGCACUGGUAUGUGGGUGAAGGCAUGGAGGAGGGAGAAUUCGCAGAAGCGCGAGAAGACCUGGCUGCACUGGAGAAGGACUAUGAAGAAGUGGGAACUGACUCAUUUGAAGAAGAAAAUGAAGAGGAGGAAUCUUAAAAUUCACUUUGUCCUUUUUCAUGCAUGAGAUUGUCUCUAUGUGUAUUUUUUUCAUGUGGCUGCAUUUCUGCUUGUCUCAUACACACCAAGUCCAUUGCCAUUUUGGUAGACUAUGAACAGGAUAAUUUUUCCACUAUGAGAUCACAGGACAGUAAAUGCAGGAUAUAUGACCAGCUAAUCAUUAGUCACUUUGCCUCAGAGGGUGGUAAGCUUCAUAUUUUUUGCUAAUAUAUCCUGAAAGGAUGUCUGUCAUCUGUAGUGUCAUUUAUUCAAUGCAAAGGUACAGUCAUGUAGCUGUAAUAUUAUCUGAGGAACUUGUGCUUCAAAAUCUCCCAUGUAGUUGCUACAGAUACUAUGUAAGGAGAAGUUACCUACAGUGCUCAAUCUUAUUUCAUACUACUUCUAAACAUGUUUGUAAAGCUGUAAGAUGCAGUGAGAACUCUGUUUGUGCCAAUAACAUACAGCUUGUCUUAGU